UCCCCGAGCGGCGUGCGGGCUUGGAAGGGAGGGUCAGAGGUCGCCGGGCCAGAAUGUGUUCCCGUGUUGCUAUGUAGUGUAGAGGCGCGUUCUCUCCUGGAAGGUUCUUGAGUUCAAUUAGGACAGUGGCUGCGGAAUCCCUGGUCUCCGGCCUGAGUUGCCCGCUGGCCGAGCGGAGGCGCCGAGGGCGCUGCCAUGUUUGGCUGCCUGGUGGCGGGGAGGCUGGUGCAAACAGCUGCACAGCAAGUGGCAGAGGAUAAAUUUGUUUUUGACUUGCCUGAUUAUGAAAAUAUCAACCAUGUCGUGGUUUUUAUGCUGGGAACAAUCCCAUUUCCUGAGGGGAUGGGAGGCUCUGUCUACUUUUCCUAUCCUGACUCAAAUGGGGUGCCAGUGUGGCAGCUCCUAGGAUUUGUCACGAAUGGGAAGCCAAGUGCCAUCUUCAAAAUAUCAGGUCUUAAAUCUGGAGAAGGAAGCCAGCACCCAUUUGGAGCCAUGAAUAUUGUGCGAACCCCGUCAGUUGCUCAGAUUGGCAUUUCGGUGGAAUUGUUGGACAGUCUGGCUCAGCAGACUCCUGUAGGCAGUGCUGCUGUGUCCUCUGUGGACUCAUUUACGCAGUUCACACAGAAGAUGUUGGACAACUUCUACAAUUUUGCUUCAUCAUUUGCUCUCUCUCAGGCUCAGAUGACACCAAAUCCAUCUGAAAUGUUCAUCCCAGCAAAUGUGGUUCUGAAAUGGUAUGAAAACUUUCAAAGACGAUUAGCACAGAACCCUCUCUUUUGGAAAACAUAAUUUGAAUAAAAUAAUUUGUCAUGUCCUGUAAAAGCACGAAGUCAAAGGGUCAUGAAGCCUACCUUUCAAAACUGCUUAGCGACUAUGAAACUUACUUAAAACCCUUAUAAAAAUUAGAAACACCGAACAAGGAAAAUGUUCAGUAUUAAUUACCUUUUCCCUUAUAAGUAUGAAAUACUUCUUGGAGACAAACAUUUUGUAUUGGCUAUCAUUUAUUUCUUAAAAUAAAUCCUACUUACAGUAGUAGUAUUUGAAAUAA